AUGGAAUUUCCUAAAUCGUGUACGACGAAUGCACAUAUGAUAGCUGAUGUGCUGGGCUCACAUUACUACAUCUAUGAACACAAGAGCGUGGAUCUUGAUGACUUGGAGAAAUGGACGGGCCUGAACAAGACCAUUGCCGCUCUCCGAGAACGAAACGUGCUCUGCACGUCUUUGGGCGGCGAUCUUUGUUGCUUCCAGCUCCCUGACAGUCGGGACAUUCCUCCGCCCGAAACGUGGCCAUGCAUGUUUACUCUCAAGACCCAAGGCGCUAUGCGCGAAGGCCCUGCUGGCUCCUCUGUACGAGUUGGUCGGAUGGAUGUUUGCCUCCUUGAGAGUAUCGAAGGGAGUCUUGCGUUUAAACUCGCCAGAGAAGGCGGGCUGCUGCGCAUAGCACCCUGGACCUGGACGGGAUCCAGUAAUUGCGCGCCGCCUGGAUCGCCAGAACCAUUUUGCAUCGAGGUGAAAUCACGCAUAUGGCCUGACGGAUCGCUCUGCCUACUGCAUCAAUUGCAGCUUUACGGUAGUUGGGUUCCCACGCUGGAUUCCGCUCAAACAGGCGAAAUUGUAAUGCUUGCGCCAUUUGGUAUCAGGGCCUCAGUCUCUGACAUACCCACCUCAUUCAGCGAAGAUAGUCGCCUCAAGCAGUACAUUGGACGGAUCGUUGCUUGCGAAGGUAUCGAGCUAUCCGCAACAACUUCUUGGUUGACUGUGCAGAAUCUAGGCAUACUUCCCAAGCCAUUCAUAUGGCCGAAACAACUUUGCCUAUCGGCUUUCAAUAGCAACUCACGCUCCGAUUCUGGUGAGGAUUCUCAGACUUGGAGGAACUGGUUCCAGCUGAACGAGGGACAUGCUUUCCAAGAUCCUUUGUCUGUCGCAGAGCGCUGGCUGCAAUCCGCAGGAACAAGGGAGCACCCUUCACUCAUAGUCGGAUCAAACACCACACCAGGCAACGAUGCCUCCAUGGAUUUCUCCCUGAAGACUUCGUCAGAGGCUGAGAUCGCUAAUGCCGAUUUGAUCCCAUCUCCUUCCUUCAACCAGCGUUUAGCAGAGCAGCAAGCAGCACUGAGCGGGAUAUAUCCAACGCCACCGGAUGGUCUUGCUCAGACCUCUACGUCUGCUCAAUUUGGACUAGAUCACAGUUCAUCAGAGACUCAGAACGAGAUUGAUGGCUCUCUAGAAGAGUCGGGAUUAGACGGCAAUGACCUCCAAUACAGGAUCCAACGAUAUGAUUCUUCUGCUAGUCAGCAAAUAUUUCCCGUGGAUCAAGUGUCCUCGUUUGGGACUCGCGAGGAUAUUGAAUUUGCAGAAAAUGACAUCGAAGAUGCCGAUUUCAACUUUUUCGACGAGCCUGACGACGAGAGAACCGUCGCCCAAAUGCACGACGUCAGCAUGUCGGAGUCUGUUACUGCCAUUGACGAGCAAGUGGGGACGUACGUACUGUCCGACGAUCUUGUUCCCGACCGUCGCGAGACCCUCGUACCUUCAGACCCCGUCAAUGAAGGUCCAGAUACUGUCGAACAGAGACUGGAGUCUCAAACAGAUCAAGACCGCCCGGAAUCUGUCGACGCAAACAAGGAAGAUGGCACGAACGGGAGUUGUUCUGAACCAUUGCUGAAAAAGCCUUUGAGCCCUUUUGGCGUAAAAGAACGACUAUUCCCACCCCCAAUCCCUGCGAGCUUAGCACACGGAGCAAGGCACGAGAAAUCUAAUGCACACAGGGAAGGCACUUACAGCCCUGUCGUAUUCCGGGAGGGACUUAGCUUUGCUACAAAGUACGGGCCGAGAGAUCUCGCGUCUACUAAGUCUAACUCAGGUAUCUCCUCGUCUGUCCCAAGUAUAGCACUGCCGCCACACAAGCGAAAUCACUCCAAUGGAAGACCGAAAUCGCAGCGUGAUACCAAUGACGAAGAUGAUGACAGCGGCAGCGAUGCCGACUCGUAUAGCUCGUCACUCAGCGAGAGUGAGGCUUGUGUGGAGCCCAUGAAGCUGUUAGAGGAUCGGAAACGUAAGCGCGGUUCUCUAUAUGAGUUGGUGCAGCCGCCGAUACAGUCGCACGCAAAUGCCUGGAUUGAAGAGGAGAACCAACGCAUGUCAGAUCGCAGUCUUCCUGAGUCAACGAUUCUCGAUUUUGUGCAAAAGUUGUCACGAUUCCGAACUCUGGCAAAAAUAACUGCCAGUGCUUCGGGGAAUGGGCAACAUGCCGACCCAAAAGGAAGGAACAUCAGGCCUCGACAACCAUACAUGGACGAUUCCGAUUUUGUGGAGAAGUCGGACGCAUUGAGCAAGCAGGAUCUUAUGUUUGUAGCACAGCUUGUCGGCGAACAGGCAGUCACCAGUGCAGCGUGUUUUGGUCCAGUCGACAACUAUGGUGACCAGUCACGGCAGAAUUGCAACCAAGCGUAUCUGCCGAGCUUUUCGGAUCAACUGAGCCGAGCUGUGGAGGCCAUACUCCCCGGAAUCGACCAAUUGGACAUUGUAAAAUCAGCUUUGGUUCGAGAGCCCUUCAAUAGGGCUAUGACGAAUCAAGGUAAAACACCUGCGGGUCCACCACGACCUCCACAAAGGUCAGAAACUGCAAUCACAGGCCCCGACCUGUUCAACUUGCCCACACCUCAUAUCAGGAUCCAGAGAUUUGCAGACAACUGGGAGUUAUUGCCCACUUGCCUACAAUUUUGGGAAACACUCGGACUUGGUCCUGCCAGCGGCGCAAAGGAUGUACGUGCAUUCUGCGUGUUUCCAUCGAAUACGAGUCUGGAAAAUGCCGUCAAGCGUUUCAUGGCCGAGCUCGGCUCCGUCUACGAACGAUGCAAAUUAGGCACACACGCGUACCAGCGCCAACCGAAUGCUAAAGACGGGCUGGGCGUUUAUGACGAUGGCAUGGCACCAGUGACUGUUGAAGAGGACUCUUCGAUGAAUGGAAUUAUGAAAGCUUAUUCUCGGACUUGCGCAAAGCUUGGAAAGGCUUUGGCGACCAUGGCUACCGACGAAACUAGCCCCACAAUAGUGGUAUACAUGAUCAAUCCCUUCUCUGCGACAAAAGCAGUUCAGCAUUUGUGUGCUUGCUUCUGGAGGCUCUUCAAGUCAUAUCGCGACCGACUUCCCAAGACCGACAAAUCCGUUCGAGGCGCAGACAUUUUACUCCAGCUGGUACCCAUCAGCCUUGUCGCCUCGUUCGAUGCAAUCAGUAUCCCGGAGGACCGUCAAAUGGCACUGCUUGCGCGAGAAGUGUACGAUCGAUGUCCUCCCUCGCCGUCUGCCCCCAACACGAGCUCUCCAAUAAUUCCGAUUCUUGCUGCGCCAUCAAUUGAGCUCGCGGGACCAUCAUCCAAAAGAGUUCAAUUCCAGUUGACAGAGCAUCCGUCUGAGGAUCUCAUGCAUGAGGGCUCCUUACUGCAUCUUGCAUACUCGCGAAGCGCUGAUCAACACUGGCUCAAUGUUGUCUGGAUGGACAAUACUGGGCAGUCCCAAAGUAGCGCGGUCUACUGCGUCCGAGGCAGGUCAUUCGCCGAUGCAGCACAAGCGAUAUGGGACCGGACUCGAGAGAUCCUCGAUGCGAGACAGGUGAUGUGGCGGGUCUACAUCGUUACCGACGAAGAAUUGGAACGCGCAACGGCAUCUUUCUGGCAGAGUAUUGUUUCUAAACCCCGAUCACAACUUUUGUGUGUCACCCUUCUUACUAUUCGUGCUGACCCAGCGUUGAUGCUCGCGGUGCCUAUUCCAGCCGACAUCAGCAGUAUGAAUGGAGCCGACCUCGGUACGUUUACACCUGCUGCCACGCCACAAGCGACCAACAAUAUGAAUUCCCCCGAUGUCGCUGGCCAUUCGACUGCACCGCCUACGCCAGCACCCAGUGAGCCUGCAAUGUCGAUGAACGACAUUGACCCUGAUGCGCAUCUUGUCGACCUUGCAGAUGAGAGCUGGGCUAUGCUGCUCUGCCCUAAAUUGUUACAGAUGGUCAAUCGUCAUGCUAUGGCAACAGGAGUGUGGUUCCGACGUGGAGAGUCCGACUCGGCUGGCGGCGAUUCGAUGCUCCCCCGCGUUGGCGUUAGUCUUUACUGGACCAUUCAAGUGAAGCCUGGUGGUAUGAUGGAGGCAGGACAGCCGAAGCAUGCCGAGAUGGCGUUGCGGGAAGUGAUGAGGAUGUAUCGACCUUUGGCGGUCUUGACCAAGGCGAGAGGUCUGGAUAUUGGAACCGCUGCUUUGCUACCUGUGCAUGUGGCUGUUGCCGCACAAGGAGCCGCGGGACUGAACGGCAUACUUCAGCCAUCGCGAGAAUGA